AUGAUGUUUGAGGAUGUCCUCCGGGAGGUGGAUGGCUUUGGGAGAUACCAGAUCCUGGUCUUCUUGAUGCUUUGCAUUCCCAGACUGAUGAUCCCCAUGCACUUCCUGCUCCACAAUUUCAUCUCUGCCUCUCCAUCUCACCACUGUGCGCUUCCAGCCUUUGCUGGCACUUCCAAUCUCAGCCAGGAUGAGGUCUUCUCUGUUGGCCUCCCAAGAGAGCCUGACGGGACACUGAACCCCUGCAAGAUGUUUUCUAGGCCACAGCUUCGGUUGCUGGCAAAUUCUUCCUGGGAGCUGGACAACGCCUCAUCAAUCCUGAGCUGCCAGGAUGGCUGGGUCUACGAUUCCUCACAAUAUGCAUCAACCACGGCCACUGAGGUAAGCUUUUGAUGUACGUCUAUUGCAAUGAAAGGAUCCGGGUGAGAAAGAGGACGAGCCCCUGUGAUGCAGCCUGAAAUAGCAUUAGCUUUUUUUUGCUGCUGCAUCACACUGUUGACUUGUGUUAAGCUUGUGGUUUACUAAGACCCCCUUUUCACAUGUCAGCCAGGUGUCCUCCAUUUUAAAUUUGUGCAGCCAGUAAAACCUGACAUUUUGUUAGCUUGGGCCCUGUUCUCCAAUCUGUUAAGGUCAUCUUGAAUCCUGAUUCUGCCCUCUGCAGCAUUAGCCACCCCUCCCAGUUUGGUGCCAUCUGCAAAUUAGAUGAGCACCCCCCAAUUUGUUUUGUCAUCCAAGUUGUUUAUGAGGAACCAUUAGAGAGCACUCUUUGGGCUUGGUUGGCUUCUCAUGCAAACUACUCCAGCUGAAAUCCCCUCUUCUGCCCAGCUAUUCCUGUUUUGAAUCUGGGCCACCUUAAUUACAAUCCAUGAUACUUCUUUCCAGUGGGAUCUGGUGUGUGAGAAGAAAGGCAUGAACCAGGCAAUUGCUACCUUUUUCUUCAUUGGUGUUACUUUGGGGUCUGUACUUUUUGGCUACUUGUCUGACAGGUGAGUAGAGUUUACUUUUGGUCUUUGGUGCAUGGGCAGACAGACUUCUGGCGUGUGGGAUCUACUGUGGUUCUUUUUUAUUAUUAUUAUCACAAAGUCCACCAACAGCAGCCAGGUGGUUUGUUGGGGUGGGUCAGGGUAAAAAGCAGCAUAAUUAUUGGAAUCGAGGAAUAUGUUGCCACUGGGCACAUGCUCAACCCAAUAUUUUGUUUUCAGUAUCAGGCCUGAAGGACCACAGUCCUUUCCCACACAAAAAUCAACUUCUGGUUUUCACUCAAAGCUUUCUUCAACUUGGAGCCUAACUUAGAUGUGUGGGGUUUUUGCCCGGGGGUGUGUGGAGAUUAUUUAUUGUUGCUAUUCUUAAACAAAUGAGGAUAUUUGCUGAUCUGCUGCAAGUGUUCUGAGAGCUGCCAGUACAUCUCUGAUCCACUUUUUGCCCAUCUCUGCCUCACCUGUCUCACUGCCAAGUCUUAGGUAGAUAAAUCUUUAAUUACAAAGACGUAUAUGAAUUUUCAAACUGUACAACCUUGGACAACUACUUCCCUCCUCACCCCACCCCCCGAAACAGACAACCUUUUCCUAUCAACCCUCCACGGGAAUAAUCCUAAACCCACCUCAAUUGGAAGAAAACUUGGUGGGCACUGGGAUGUAUGGCGGGGAAGACAUCAUGGUGCCCCUGAGGGCUGUUCAGAACUCCACUUCUUUUGAUGCAAUCAGCCCCUGAACACCUCUGCCAUACAUCUAAAUAAAAUACUGUCUCUUUGCAGAUGUAUUUCCCACUCAGUUUCUUCCCCCUCCUAAUUCAUUUCCUACGCCAAUCCCACUCAAAAUUGAUAUUUCUUUCACUUAAUCCCAUUUCUUCCAUUACAAACAUGCUAACAACGCAGGUUCGCUCCUCCAAUAGAAAGGUUUCCCCUGGUUGUCUCACCUCACGGAGUUAAGCCAGAUCUCUCCUUUCAUUUUUUUUGAAGUUUGUGCCCAGGGCUAUGUUAAUGAGCUCUCUCAGUGGGUCGGGGGAUGUCCCUACAUAGGCUGGCUCCAGAUACUACCACAAUCGCUGGACCAAGGCAUGACUCCGGUCCACCUUUCCACCAAGAAGGACCGACUCUGAGAAAGCAAAGUGCCAUUUUGAAAAAAAUAUUAAUGAGAAUGCCUCUGCCCUUGCUCCAUGAGGAAAGAAGACUAUGAUCUUCCAGCAUAAUCUGUGGAGUCAGGCCAGGAGUGGAACUCUGGAAAACUCAUUUGCACACUUUCGCUGGUGCUGGAUGGAGCCUUAGAACCCCUUGAUUAGGUCCUGACCAUCGUAUUAAAGGGAGACAGGAGGGGGCGGACAGGAAGUAGAAAUCAAUGCAUGUUGGAGAUAUAUAUAUAUUACUGUGCUAAAAAUCAAUGCACAUUGAUUGUUGCUGCAGUUCAGUGCGCAGCGUGCACUGAAUAAAAGAGCUAAAGCUGACUAGAGGCCAUUAAUAACGCUAUUUUUUCCAGAGAUGCGGGAACUCUCCUCAUUCUCUUAUAAUUCCAAUGGCGCCCACUUGAGAGGCGCCGGAACAGAAUUCUAGUGAGUUCUGGCUGAGGAAAAAGCCCUAGUACCAUCUCCUAUUUCUUCAGAGAAUUGAAAGUGGUGUUAAUGGCUGCUAGCCAUGAUCAUUUGAUCCUGCAGCCAGGAUUAAAGUGUAGAAACGAUCUGAGAGGACUCCUGUGCUCAGAGCCUGCUUGUGGGAUGAGCCCUGUGGGCAACAGGAGUGGGUAAGAUAGGCCUCGGACAAGACUCUUCUUAUGUAAUCAUGUACAAAGGAGGCAUUGAGGCACCCUCCUCUCGCCAUCAUCUUUAUCUAUGGGUUUUGUAGGUUUUUUGUACUAUUUCGAAAAGCUCAAAUCCUCUCUAUCAAGAAACAGCAGCGGGACCAACAUGAAAAAGGUAACAAAAACUGCGGCAUGCAUGACAUUGUACAUUUGUCUUCCAGCAAUAGUUGUUCCCGCUCUUCCCCCAAAGAAUCCUGGGUAUUGUAGUUUGUUAAGGGUGCCGAGAGGGUUGUUAGGAUCCCUCUUCCCCUCACAGAGAUAUAAUUCUCGGAGUCCCUGGGGAGAGGGAUUGGUUCUGAAGCCACUCUAGGAAUAUGUUGUAGCGGCCUCUGCUUCAGAGUAUCUGAAGAAGUGUGUAUACACACGAAAGCUCAUACCUAGAAAGCUUAUACUUAGUUGGUCUUUAAGGUGCUACUGGAGUUAUUUUUUAAAAAAUGGGGGGCGGGGAGAUUCUUUUGAAGACUGUCUUAAGACAAAAAGACUUGAUUCUCUUAAGGGAGUUCUUUUUGGAUCAUCUUUCAAUUAUUAUUAUUUUGUAUUUCAUCUUGUUAUUUAUUAUGACUUUUUUAACAAAGUUUACCAGCUACGGCAAACUGGGGGAAAUCUUCCUGGUUCUUUGUGAGAUAAACCAUUUCUUUCUUUCUUUCUUUUUCUUUCUUUCUUUCUUUCUUUCUUUCUUUCUUUCUUUCUUUCUUUCUGUCCAAAUAUAUACAAAAAUUAAUACCCAUAUUUCUAUAAUGUGUAUGUGUAUUCUGAAAUACACAUACCUGUAUAAUAUUCUGAAAUAUAUUAUUCUGAAAUAUACAUAGUCUAAAAAAGAACAGAGGCAGCAAAAAAUAUAUAUAUUACAAAUUUAAAAAGAAAUAAGGAAGAAAGGAAAAGCGAAGAAAGGAAAAAGAGAGAAAAGAAUAAAGAAAGAUGAAAAGACUUCCAGUUCUCUGUCCUGCAGCAAAACAUAGUAUUGACUCAUUAACACCCAACCAUUCUAUCUUCUAUAAACCAGUAUUUUUUUCAAUCUUCAAACCCAAAUAUUACAAGUUCAUUUUCUCUUUCAUGCAAAAAGUCCACAAGAAGUUUCCAGUCUUUAAUAAAUGUCAGUAUUGAUUUUCCUCUAACUGGACACGUCAACUUUGCCAUCUCUGGCAAGUCCAAUAGUUUUAUCAGCCAUUCCUUUAUAGUAGGUCGGGCUGUAGCUUUCCAUCUUUGUGCAUAUAACAAUCUUGCAACUGUAAUCAUAUAUUGGAGUGAUUUUAAUGAAGUCUCUCUCCACACACACACACACACAAAUAUUGUGUCAUAUGGAAACUGCCAUUUCGGAUGACUUGCGAUGCGCUCAUUUAUCCACAAGAAGUCACUGUUAGCUUGUAUUGAGAAGGAUGGAGUGAGUGAGAUAUUAAUGCUCAAAAGACAGCAAGGAAGCAUUGGCUUCUUUUGCCCCUUAUGUUCUCAACACAUAUAAGGAAAUCCCUCUAGCAAAUGAUGGCCCUAGUCAUUUCUCCCCCUGUCUUUCUGGGUGGGGGGUGAGCUCAUUGCAAGAAGGGGAGGUAAGCAAGAAGGGGAAGCACUCGUGCCACUUCCCCAGAAACACAAAGGUAUCCAUGGGCCUAGGAAGGAUGUCAACCCCUGUGCUAGAAGAAGGCAAGCUUAGAUGCUGUGAAUGACAUUGGAGAGAUGUGCAGGCUGCGGCCUUACCUGGCAAGGCAAUUCUUCUGGCAUUCUGACUGGAACGGAAACAGGUCUGCUGGUUUACUUUUGGCUUCUAGGUUUGGCCGGAGGCGGAUGCUUCUGCUGUCUUUCCUUUCCACGAUGUUCUUUGGGGCCCUGGCUGCGUUUUCAGAGUCUUACCUGAUGUUCAUCAUCAUGAGGUCGCUCUGUGGGAUGGGACUCACAGGCGUGUCCAUCAUCUCCUUGAUAUUAGGUGAGAGGUUCCGAGAUGAGAGGCGAUUUCUUUCCAUUUCAGGCCGGAUGCCUCCGCAUGUUGACACUGCAGAUGGGAAUAGUGAUCGUGGGCACCCUAUUUCUCUCUGGCCCCAUCUAAACCUUACGUUUAAAGCAAGUACCACGGCAUUUGAAACAGCCGUAGCUUCUCCUACAGAAUCCUGGGGAAUGUAGCUUUUGCUGAGAGUUGCUAGGAAAGCCCUGUUCCCCUCACAGAGCUAGAGUUCCCUCUGGAGAGGGAUCAAUGGUCAAACCACUCUUAGAAAGGUUGCUUUAUGGCUGUCUUCCUUUUGCGAAGAUUACAGUGGAUGCUCGGGUUGUGAACGUGAUCCGUGUGGGAGGCACGUUUGCAACCCACAGCAUUUGCAACCUGUGACCUGCGCAUUUGCGCAUGCGCGGGCUGUGAUUUGGCGCUUCUGUGCAUGCGCAAAGUGCGAUUUAGCUCUUCUGCCCAUCUGCAAGCACCGAAACCUGGAAGUAACCCGUUCCAGUACUUCUGGGUUUGGUGUGGUGCACAACCCGAAAUCACGCAGCCCAAAGCGUCUGUAACCCGAGGUAUGACUGUACUAGCUGCAGCAAACUUCUGUCCCCACCCUCUGCAAUCUGUUGCAUCUGAUCAGGAUAGCAUCCCGUGGGUGGCAAUUUCCUCCAUGGAUUCGAAAUAUGGAAGGGUCUUUGAUCAUAGGGAGGGAGUAGGGUGGCUUUGCCCCUCUUGCCCCACCCUAAUGUUGAGCAGGGAGUGCAGCUUUGGCUGCUGAGUCGUUGCAGCUAGAGUUUAUGGGGUUGACCGUGAUUGUGUUGAAGGUGAACUGAGUCCAAACGUUGAGAGCUGCUGCUGUAUAUUAACUUCCAGCUGUAGAAUGGACUGACGUCAAGCAUCGCACCUUCUGCGGCACCAUCAGCGGCAUUUCCUGGUCUCUUGGGUACAUGCUUUUGGCGCUUGUAGCCUACCUGAUUCGGACGUGGCGUUGGCUCCUGUUGGCUGUCACCUCUCCCUGCCUCCUCAGCAUCGUCAUUUGGUGGUGAGUGACUGUGGAACUCCUCUGUUAUGUAUCCAGUGGUCUGGGUUUGCCUGAGCUUGAGUCUGGACUAAGGAUUCAGAGCUCCUGUGUUCUGAUUCGAUACAUGAUGUCCAGUCACAGAACAUUCAGAAUUUGGGCCUCUGCCAUUGGCCCUUGAACUCUUAGUCGUGAUUCGCAGCUUGGAAGUUUAGGCAGCCAAUCACGUUGGGAGUGGGAGUGGCCCAGGCUUUCAGGAAUGUAUAUAAGCAGUUGCUUUGCCCCUGUUUCUCAGUUAUGUAGUUCAAUUAAGGUUCUUGCUGUUAUCACUGCAUCUUGCCUCAUGGGAACCCACCUACACUUCAUCCUCCAAACCCUAAUAUUCACCAAGGACUUUGAAAGGUUUCCUACACACCCAACCACAUCUUGUCAGCUAUGCCCUUUCUUCAACUUCCCUAGGUUCUUCUUUCUUGUACUCUUUACCUCUUCUUCCUGGUAACUUUGAGAACCAAAGUGUCAAUGCCACUCACCCUAUCUUGCCUUGACUGCUCGCAGGAGCUCACAGGGGCAGGAGUGUGUGCAUAGAGAUGAUGUUUUCCUCAUCUGCAGCAAUCCCAGAUGCAGCAACCCCACUUGAUCUACGAAAUGCCUUGUUUGUCCCUUGCCAGGUGGCUCCCAGAAUCUGCCCGGUGGCUCUUGACAAAGAAGGAGGUGGAGGCAGCGCAUGGCUAUCUUUCCAGAUGUGCCAAAGUCAAUGGCAAGAAAGAGUUUGACUCCAAGAUAACUCCAGACGUGAGUGCAAGGGGUCUUGCAGCACCUCAGGUGCAGUGAUGGACCUCUAGAAAACAACCACAACGAGUAAGACCCGCAACAAAAUGAUGUGGUGUGGAGGGUUCCUGCUCAGGGUUCCAACAAGCCAGCCAAUCUAGUACUCUGUUAUCUCUCUUUUCCUGUCUUCCAUGCUUGCCCUCCAAUCGGUGGCUCAGUGGUAGAGCACUUGCCUACCAUGCAACAAGGCUCCAGGUUCAAUCCCCGACCUCUCCAGGUCAGGCUGAGACCCUGGAGAGCUGAAGCCUGCUUUUGUAGGCGAUGCUAGUCAAUUUGUAUAUAUUUAUACACAGUAUUUAUAGCCCGCUCUUCAUUGAGUGUUUCCAGUCCUAGAGCUGGGAACCAAGCCAUAAAAACAAAGAGCGAAAAGCGACACACCAAAUUACAAAAUCAUAUAAACAGGUUCAACCAACAACAACUUGACCCUUCCACCACCUAGGUGGACCAAUGACCUGACUCAGCGUAAGGAGUCUUCCUAAGCUCCCACAGCUAGCCUUCUGUACCCGUCAAAUGCUCAAAACUCCGUAAUAUGGCUCAGUUUGGGAUCCCUCCCUCCCUCAAAAUUUAUUUUUCAUGCUUCUGUAGGCUUUGGGGGUUCUCUGAAGCAUGCUGACAAUCUCCCUCAUGUGCACAGAUGGUACCAUCUUGGCUACAUAAUCAUAGAAUCAUAGAAUUGUAGAGUUGGAAGGGACCCAAAGGGUCUAGUCCAACCCCCUGCCUCCAUCCUAGGAUAAUGAGUUCCUCUCUGAUGUCAUGAUGGGAUCUAGCCUUUGCAAAACAGCACUGAGGGGUAUUUUCCCUCUUCCUUUGCGGUGAAUGUAGGUCCUGUGGAGGACACUGACCAUAGAGGAGUCAAGGACCUAUUUCUACUGGCACCUGGUGAAGACUCCCAAGCUGAGGAAGACCACCUUGUGUUCUGUUGUCGUAUGGUAUGAACAAAAACUGAUGACUGUGCUUAUUUCCCGACUUUGAAAGAGAUGGAGCCAGUUUUCUUUCUUGGAAGGCGUUGCAGUUAAUUGUGGUGGGAAUUAAGCUGCAGAGUAACAUUAUCUGUAGACAGGCUUUCCUAUGUUGGUUUUUUUUUUGGAAGUCAGAUUAGAUGUUUAUUGUCUUCCUUGGGCGAGUGUGCAAUAUUUUACAUCAAAGGAGGAAUGCAAACCAUCGUAUUGCUGUGCUUUCUCCGGGGUCAACAUAUAUUUUCCAAAUGCUAGUUUGUGGUGAUUUAUGAAACUCCCACCACAAAUGGAGCACGGUUCCUUCAGAUGUCAUCUCGCUUUGUAAUCCUACCUCAACUGGGAAUGAGUAAUUCCAAAUGACUGUUGACAUAGUUGGUGGCUGUGUGCAAUCCUGACUCUCUGGAACUUUACAGCCCCAAUGGAACUGGUCUUUCCCCUGCACACACAAACACACACACAUACCUGAGCAGUGAGCCUGGAGAAACUAACAAGUUUUGGACUGGAGUUUAUUGCGUACGUUUUCCACUGUUUGCAAUUCCAUUUCAUUUGCGUAGCCCAGGUAGUAUUACCCUCAAACAACAUCAAUUCCGGUCCUCCCCCUCCCCAUAAAGUCGCAUAAAUCUGAUAAAUUAGGGGAAAUUGGGCUCUGAACUGCUGCACUCACCUUAUUUGUUUUGGUGUUUGGGGGCAUUGCCCAAAGCAAUAACCCAGCACUAGACAGGAUUGCUCUCUCUACACAUCAACUAGCAAUGGACAGAUGCACAAGGGAACUCUGUGUACCUGAGCCCAGCACUAAUCAGGGUCUCUCCCUCUCCUCUGCACUCACACAUUGACUGAUGCGAGGGAGAGCGACUCAGCUGAGUCCCGCAGGGAGUUCGUUCACACACUCAAACUGAGCAAGAUUUGGACUGGUGGGCAGGACACCUGUCAAUCACGUGAUGCCGUAAUAUCAUCACGCGAUUGCCCAUCCACCUGCCAACUUUGGCUUGCAAGGGCUGAUCCUGAUAUUCCUAGCUGCUGAACCUAAGUCGUCUCUGUUUUCCUUGCAGGUUUGGUGUAGCGUUCACCUAUUACGGCAUCAGUCUAAACAUCAGCGGUUUCAGCUUGGAUCCGUACGUGACACAUUUUAUCUUUGGGGCCAUUGAGAUCCCUGCCAAAGUCAGUGUGUAUGUUGUCUUGGACCGCAUCGGCCGCAGGCAUUGUCAGGCAUGGACUCUGAUUGGAACAGGAGGCAUGAUUGCUUUGAAUGCAGCCAUCCCUGCAGGUGAGAGGCUCAUCUGGCUGGUUCUGCAGCAUCACUGAGCAUCCUCCUAGUCAUUACGUGAGCUGCAGCAGCAUCACCUGCCUCCCGGGGCUCCUUCAGAAGACGUUGAGGAGCCAUCCUUGAUUUCUUUGCACAAAGAUUAUGCGGAGGUUGUACUCUUUUUUUGCACAUUCAUCCCGCUUUAACACUGAGAUCCAGCGCCGAGGGCCUUCUGGCGGUUCCCUCACUGCGAGAAGUGAGGAUACAGGGAACCAGGCAGAGGGCCUUCUUGGUAGUGGCACCCGCCCUGUGGAACGCCCUCCCACCAAAUGUCAAGGAAAUAAGCAACUAUCCUACCAGGCAGAGGGCCUUCUCAGUAGUGGCUCCCGCCCUGUGGAACGCCCUCCCACCAGAUGUCAAGGAAAUAAGCAACUAUCCUACUUUUAAAAGACAUCUGAAGGCAGCCCUGUUUAGGGAAGUUUUUAAUGUUUAAUGCUGUAUUGUGUUUUUUAUAUUCGAUUGGGAGCCGCCCAGAGUGGCUGGGGAAACCCAGCCAGAUGGGCAGGAUACAAAUAAUAAAUUAUUAUUAUUAUUAUUAUUAUUAAUCUUCCCAUCCAUUUACCCUUAUCCUACACCUUUUGGUACAUUUCCCUAGCUACGAAAAGUCUUUUACUUACUUAAAGGUGGAUCUGUUGCCAGAGCAUCAGAGUGUUGCAUAUACCUACAUUUCCAGUAUGCCCUUAAAUCUUCCUGCCUCCUGUUUCUUCCUCCCUCAGAGCAUGGGCAUCUCCGAUCGGCAGUGGCCAUCUUGGGCAAGGGUUUCUCUGAAGCCUCUUUCACCACCGUCUUCCUCUACACAGCUGAACUUUUCCCAACGGUGGUCAGGUAAGUGGCUUGGGCUCCCAUCAGACCCACUGGGGGUGGUUGUUGUUGCUUUUUACAAACUUAUUGAUAUCCAGUGACUUCCCUUCUUCUCUUCCCAUGGUUCAUUUUCUAUCUCUCCCAUUCCUGCAUUUCUAAUACUAUAACCAUUCAAGUCAGUGUUGCAUUUUUACACCAUUCAAACAUUAAUUACGCUGUGUUGAAUUUAUCUUAAUGCUGCCAGCAUUUUCAGUUGUGUACAAUUAUUUUCCACAUAUUCAAUAAAUGUUUUCCGCUUCUCUUUAAGUAUAUGUUCUUCUUGCUCCCUUAUUCCAUGUGUUAAAUCUGCAAGUUCUGCAUAUUCUAACAUCUUAAGUUGCCAAUCCUGUUUUUCUGGGACCUCGCUCAUUUUCCAUUUUGGGGCUAACGAAACUUGGUCUGCUGUUUUUGCAUACAUAAAUAGGCUUUUCUGACACCUAGGAAUUUCUCUCAGGGCUAUUUCCAAGAAAAAGGACUCUGGUCUUUUGGGGAAAGUAAUUUUAAACAUUUUUUUCAACUCAUUAUAAAUCAUUCCCCAAUAUUCUUUUACCUUUUUACAUGUCCACCACAUAUGAAAAAGGUCCCCUCCCUUUCUUUACAUUUCCAACACAUAUCUGAUUGUACUUUAUACAUAUUAGCCAACCUGCUCAGAGUUAGGUACCAUCUAUGAAUCAUUCCAUAGUUUCAGUGUGUAACAUGCAGUAAAUUUCAAAUCACUUUUCCAGAGUUUCUCCCAGUGGUUUAAAUCUAUAAUGUGUCCUAUAUCCAUUGUCCAGUGUGUCAUUGAAGCUUUGACUAGCUCGUCUCCCCGCCCCCAUUCUAAUAGAAGAUUAUACAUUCUAGACAAAGGUUUAUCCUUUUUUGUAAUAGUUCUUUUUCAAAUUGUGAGCUUUGGUCCAAAAACCCCUCUUUUUUUUGUCUAACUUGAACAUAUCAUGUACCUGAUGAUGAUGUAAUCUGUAAUUUGGCUCCUUAAGUUUUCCAUAGGUUUCAGUCUGGAUUCCCUCCCUGUAAAUUCCAGCAAAUCCCUGUAUGCCACCCAUUGUCUAUCCAUAUUAACUCUCUUAAUUGAAAUUGCUUCAAUAGGGAAUAACCAUAAGGGUGUUUUUCUUUCUAGCAAAUUUUUAUAUUUAUCCCAAACUCUGUUCAUAAAACUCUUAUAAAUUUUAGCUUCCCCAUACCAAAGACAUGCAUGCCAGCCAAAUUUAAAAUCAUGGCCUUCCAGGUCUGAAAUAUUUGCAUUAUCCAAUACAAUCCAUUCUUUUAACCAACACAAACAAGCUGCCUCAUUAUACAGUUGCAGAUCUGGCAGGGCAAAGCCUCAUUUCCCUUUUAUAUCUAUCAAAAUUUUAUGUUUAAUUCUAGGCUUUCCUUCCUACCAGAUAAAUUUAGAAAUACCCACCUUCCACAUAAAGCAAAAUCUUUGGGGAUUUCUUCUGAGGCUACAUUUCCCAAAUCUUCUUCAAAAGAACCAAAUACAGACCCAUGCUUGAUUUGUGCUGGAAUCCAAGGCUGUUACUAAAGAAGAAGCAAGAUCUGUUGGGGUGUGAAUGCUGUCAGCCCCUCCAUCUUAGGCUCAGGUUGUACAUAUGUGCAAAUAAAGCCAUAUAUCCUAAAGACAUCACAGUCUCCACUGACCGUCAUUCCAAGGAAACCAAACUCUGGGAAAGUGCCUGGAACCCCUUGAACCUUUCACUGCUCAGAGACUGGGAUGGCGUGUAACAGUUUGAUGGAUUUAUCUCCAAUCGAAAUUGUUUUGCGUUACCUUUGCAGGCAGAGUGGUGUUGGCUGCUGUUCAUUCAUAGCACGGUUGGCCAGCUCCAUAGCUCCUCUGAUCAUGCUGCUAGAUGACACCUGGAGAUACCUUCCUCCCUUGAUAUUCAGUGUGGUGGCACUGGUGUCUGGGACGGUGGCCUUUCUGCUAACAGAGACAACCAACAUCCAGUUGCCAGAGACUAUCGAAGAUGUGGAAGAUGGGAGGUGAGUGACGUAGACACACAAGGCACAUCACUUGAAUAAAGCUUUCCACUUCAAAGAGGGAAGCAGUCAGAUAUCAGCAGGUUUCUCCCCCCCCCCAAACUGGUUCCUCCAGACUGUCAACAUUUUGAGGGAGGGAUUCCGGUGCAUGUCAAAUAUUUAGACUUGCACCAUGACACUGGAUUAAAGUCCUUUGCCAUUUUAGCAUAACAAGUUGACUUCAAAACAAUGGCAGUGGACUUUUUGCGAUUUGGAAAGUAAUGUACUGGAAAAGGUGGGAUGAGAGAAAGAUUAAUGGGAAUACAUAUAAACACUGUAGAAGCAGGUCAGGGUGGAUGCUCAUUGUUGCAGACAAACAAAUCAGAACAAAUACUCAACAUAGGUUGGACUAUAACCAGCAAGGAAGCUUAGUGCAAGCGAAGCAGGGUGAACGCUCAGUGAUCAGGCCAUUUGGAGGAAACCCUAAGUGUAGAUCUAGGCUGCAUCUAUGCCGUAUACUUAAAGGGCAUUUCCUCGCUCAAAGAAUCCUGGGAACUGUAGUUUAUGAUCGUGUGGCGCUGUGGGUUAAACCCACAGAACGUUGCUGAUCAGAAAGUCGGCGGUUCGAAUCCCCACAUCGAGGUGAGCUCCCGUUGCUUAGUCCCUGCUCCUACCAACCUAGCAGUUCGAAAGCAGGUCAAAGUGCAAGUAGAUAAAUAGGUACCGCUCCGGCGGGAAGGUAAACGGUGUUUCCGUGCGCUGCUCUGGUUCACCAGAAGCGGCUUAGUCAUUCUGUUUUUUUUUUUAAAUAAAUUUUUAUUCAUUUUCCAAACACAAGAUAAGAAAACAAACAAUACACAAUACACCGACAUACAAACAUAUAAACAUGUAUAAUUUCAUAACCAUUUUUCAUAAGCCUUACUUUCCGGACUUCCCCAUACCUCCCCUUUUCUGCAUCCUUGUUUUAUAUUUCUUCAGCAACUCCUCAAUCAACUAAUUAUUCAAUUCAAUUUCUUUUAAGUUCUUCUAAUAGUAUUAAUUACAGCUGCAGUUCUCUAUUUCCCAACCCCUUGACAUUUUAGCAUUCCUGAAUUUUGCAACAAGUUCUAAGAUAAACUUUAAAUUUCUUCCAAUCUUCUUCCACUGUCUCUUUCCCCUGGUCACGGAUUCUGCCAGUCAAUUCCGCCAGUCCCAUAUAGUCGAUCACCUUCGUCUGCCAUUCUUCCAGUGUGGGUAGUUGUUGUGUCUUCCAAUACUUUGCUAGAAGAAUCCUUGCUGCUGUAGUCGCAUACAUAAAAACGUCCUGUCCUUCCUUCUCACCAAUUGGCCGACAAUGCCCAGGAGAAAAGCCUCGGGUUUUUAGGGAAGGUCCAUUUAAGAACCUUCUUAAUUUCAUUAUAGAUCAUUUCCCAAAAAGCUUUUAUCCUCGGGCAGGUCCACCAAAGGUGAUAAAAAGUACCUUCAGUCUCAUUACAUUUCCAACAUUUGUUAUUGGGCAGAUGAUAAAUUUUUGCGAGCUUGACUGGGGUCAUGUACCACCUAUACAUCAUUUUCAUAAUGUUUUCUCUUAAGGCAUUACAUGCCGUAAAUUUAAUACCGGUGGUCCACAACUGUUCCCAGUCAGCAAACAUAAUGUUAUGACCAAUAUCUUGUGCCCAUUUUAUCAUAGCUGAUUUCACCGUUUCAUCCUGUGUGUUCCAUUUCAACAGCAGAUUAUACAUUCUCGACAGAUUCUUAGUAUUGGGUUCUAACAGUUCUGUUUCUAAUUUUGACCUCUCCAUCUGGAAACCUAUUUUCCUGUCCUGUUUAAAUGUCUCGUUUAUCUGAAGGUAGUGCAACCAAUCUCGCACUUUGGACUUUAAUUUCUCAUAGCUCUGUAAUUUAACUUUUUCCCCAUCUUGUUCUAGAAUUUCACAAUAUUUUGGCCAUUUAGACUCCAUAUUAAGUUUUUUCACCUCUUUAGCUUCCAUUGGUGACAACCACCUGGGAGUUUUACUUUCCAAUAGAUCUUUAUACCGCAUCCAAACAUUGUAUAAUGCUUUCCUAACAAUAUGGUUUUUGAAACCUUUAUGCAGUUUAACCUUAUCAUACCAUAUAUAUGCAUGCCAACCAAAUCUAUUAUCAAACCCUUCUAGAUCCAAAAUAUCUGUAUUCUCAAGAAGUAGCCACUGUUUCAACCAGCAGAAAGCCGCCGAUUCAUAGUAGAGUCUUAAGUCCGGCAGGGCAAACCCCCCUCUAUCUUUAGCAUCAGUUAGAAUCUUAAAUUUUAUUCUGGGCUUUUUGCCCUGCCAGACAAAUUUAGAUAUAUCUUUCUGCCACUUCUUGAAACAGUCCAUCUUGUCCAAAAUCUGCAAUGUCUGGAAUAAAAACAACAUUCUAGGCAAUACAUUCAUCUUGAUAACAGCAAUUCGGCCUAACAAAGAAAGUUUCAACCUUGACCAUAUUUCUAGAUCCUUCUUUACCUCUGUCCAACAUUUAUCAUAAUUGUCCUUAAAUAAAUUCACAUUCUUAGAUGUUAAGUUUACCCCCAGGUACUUUACUUUUUCGUUAUCACUAGACCUGUUUCAUUCUGAAAUUUCUCUUUUCGGCCACCGUUAAAUUUUUGUCCAACACUUUCGUUUUCUGUUUGUUCAGUUUAAAUCCUGCUACUUGACCAAAUAUCUCAAUUAGUUCUAAUACUCUUUUAGUACUAGUAUCUGGCUGUUGCAAGGUCAAUACUAGGUCAUCUGCAAAUGCCCUUAGCUUAUAAUGUUUGGCUCCGACUUGUACUCCUUUAACCAACUGGUCUCCUCUAAUCAUAUUUAGCAAAACCUCCAGGACUAAUAUAAAAAGUAAAGGGGAUAUUGGGCACCCCUGUCGUGUACCUUUUUCUAUAGGUAUUUCUUCCGUAACCACAUUGUUUACAAUUAACUUUGCUUUUUGUUUAGAGUAUAUUGCACCUAUACCAUUUUCAAACCCUUGACCUACCCCCAUCCCUUGGAGAUUCUUCUUCAUAAAGCUCCAACCAAUAUUGUCAAAGGCUUUCUCCGCAUCCACAAAAAUUAAAACAGCCUUCCUAUUAAUGUCCACUUCUAACAGUUCCAAAAUGUCUAUAAUGUUCCUCACAUUGUCCGACAUAUAUCUCCCUGGAAGAAAGCCAGUUUGGUCUUUAUGAAUCUCCCCUACCAACACUCUCUUCAGUCUUUUUGCCAUAAUGUCCGCAAAAAUUUUGUAAUCCACGUUAAGUAAUGAUAUAGGGCGGUAGUUUUUAACCUGGUUCUUUUCAGUCUCAGUUUUCGGUAUAAGUGAGAUAAAAGCUUCUUUCCACGACUCUGGUGCCUUUUUCCCCUCCAAAAUUUCGUUACAUACUUCCUUCAGUGGUUGUACUAACCAUUCCUUCAACCCUUUAUAAUAUCUGGCGGUCAAACCAUCUGGUCCUGGAGCUUUUCCCAAUUGCAUCUUCUGAAUGGCACCCUCUAUUUCUUGUCCUGUUAUUUUCUCAUUCAAAAUCCUUCUGCUUUGCUCUGAAAUUUUUGGUAAUCCAUGUUUCUUAACAAAUUCUUCUAUUUCCUGUUCGUUAACUGGCCCUUGUGCAUAUAAUUUCCUGAAAUAACCUUGAAAGCAAUUACUUAUCUCAUUUGGUUUGUGGAUAAUCUUUCCAUCCACUUCUAAACUUGUCACAGUGUUCAAUUUUUGCCUCUUUUUCAAUUGCCAUGACAGAAAUUUCCCACAUUUAUCUGCUGAUUCAAAUGUCUUUUGUCUCAUUUGCUUUAUUUUCCAUUCUAUCUCUUGAUUCAUCAAUUCCAUAUAUUGCACCUGAUAGUGCUUUAUUUCUUUCAGAAUCUCAUGAGACUUUGGUUUAGACCUCAAUUUCUUUUCACCUUCUUUUAUUUUUUCCAGAAUUUUUCCUUUCCUUUCAUUUUGAUUUUUCCUUUUUAUGGAGUUCUGUUGUAUUAGGAAACCUCGCAUCACGGCCUUACUUGCGUCCCAAAUUAUUCUUUUUUCCACUUCUGUUCUCAAAUUUAUCUCAAAAUAAUCUUUCACUGUUUUUUUGGGCCUUCUUAUAAAUCUCUUCAUCUCUAAAUAGGGUGUCAUUCAUUCUCCAUCUAAAGGAUCCAGUUGUUGUUAGUUUCAUCUCCAUCUUUACAGCAUUAUGGUCGGAGCAAGUCUUUGAGCAGAUUUCUACCUUUUUAAUCCUUGGCGCCAUACUGCUAGUUACCCAAAUUUGGUCAAUUCUUGUCCAUGUCAUUUUUGCUUCAGAGAAAAAGUUCCCUCUCUCUCAAGAGGGUUCCUUGUUCUCCAAAUGUCAAUCAAGUCCAUAGUUUCAGUCAUUUCAAAAAAGUCUUUGGUAGUCUCCCUUCCUUGGAAAUUACUUGUCUCUGUGCUUUGUCCAUAUUUGUGGAAACUACGCCAUUCAUGUCUCCCAUCAUUACAAUUCUGUAGUCUAAGUAGUCCAUUAAAGUCUCAUGCAACUUCUUAAAGAAUUCCGCCUUCCCGUCAUUUGGUGCAUAGAUUCCAACUAUCAAAAUUUUUUCUCCUUGAACUUGUAUUUCAAUUGCCAGGUAUCUUCCUUGUUCAUCUUUAAAUAUCAUCUUUGGAGCCAAUUUUUCUUUUGCAUAAAUCACCACGCCUCUUUUCUUAACUUUAUCUGAUGAAAUAAAUUCUUGUCCAAGUCUCUUGUUUACCAAUAAUUUCCGAUGUGUCCUGGUCACAUGGGUCUCUUGUAGGCAUAUUAGAUCUAAUUGUUCUCUUUUCAAAAUAUGAAAAACUUGACGUCUUUUUCGGGGAAGGUUCAAACCAUUACAAUUCCAACUAAGAAGUUGCAGAGACAUUUUGUUAUUAAGUACCUGUUCCUCCGACUGCUCCUAGCUUUUGUUCAUCUUCAGAUGAUGGUAUGAGUCCAAAUGACAAGUUUGCAAUGUCUGUCACUCCUUUUUCUUGUAUUGUUGUUUCUACUGUUCCUUUCUGCAAGUCCUCCUGAUAUCUCUCCAGAAACUGUUCUUUAUCUUGAACUGUUCUUAUUUUAACCUUCCUUCCUUUGAAAGUAAAAGACAAUCCUUGUGGAAACUCCCACCUGAAGGGUAUGAUAUUUUUCUUCAGCAGGUAGACCAAAUCUUUAUAGAAGGCUCUCACCUCCAAAAUAUAUUUAGGGAUAUCUUUAAAAAUUUGUACUUGACUAUUUUCAAUCUCCAAUGCCUUUUGAUAAUGCAAAUUCAAUAUCUUAUCUCUUUCUCCUUUGGAUCUCAAUGUGAUCAAACAAUCCCUUGGCUUCUUACCUUGCCUCCUGCCCAGCCGGAAAGCUGUUGUUAUUUCAAGUUCUUCUUCCUGCAGCUCCUCUUGCCAGAAUUCCAUAAAGUUCUGUGUAAGAAAAUCCACAAGGUUGUCUCCCUCACUCUCGGGAACCAAUCUCAAUUUCAAAUUUCUCUCUUUUCUCUGUAGUUCCAACAAAGAUAGAGCUGCAUCAUGUUCAUUCACUUUUUUUGUAAUCGGCACUAGCUCCUCCCUUGUCUCCUCCGCAGUAUUUUUGCACUUUCAGCAAUCUUUCGUGUUUCAGAACUUUCUUGAAUUAGUUUAUUAAUAGAUUCUGUAUUAGAUGUUACACUUGCAGUAUUCAAGUCCAAUCUUGCUGUCAGUUCUGUCAAUUUUUUGAAUUUUCCGUAGAUAGCUUUGUCAGUGCUUCUAAAGAUUGGUUUAUUUUGAGCAGUGCCUGUGUCAUUGAAUCCAUAGAUGCUGUUGCCACUUUUUCCUGUGCAGCUGGUGGUAUGCCGGGUAUUGAACCCCUUUUCUUUUGUGUCUGUUUUGCUUUAGAUCUAGUUGUUAUCUCUUCUGCUGGGCCACUCAUAUCCUCAAGGUCGUUCUCACAGGAAAGGCUUGCAAGUGGAAAAUCCCACUGUUUCUUUUUCACUGUAACAGUUUCUCUUUAUACCCUCUAGAGGGAGCAUUUAAUUGUAUCCAAGUGAAAAGAGAAAAAACAAGGAAGCACAGAGCAAUCAACAGAAAGUCCAAGAGUCCACAAUAAAAGUUUCUGUCGCACUUUUUUCAGUAAAUCACAAGUUCAACAAAGUAAUUCCAUUAAAGUCCCGUAACUUUGUCUCAGACAAGACCCCAACUUUGUAUCCAGUCUAAACUGACAGUUCACUUUGCCGGUGCCUUACUCAGGCAGUCCGUCCUGGGGGUUUGGCAAUGGAAGAUGUUUUUUUCCUCAGUUAAUUUCAAGCAGGUUAACAGUGUCCAAUUUUCUUCCCCCUCUCCUGCUUACUGGGGGAGGUUUAAGUCAAAUGUCAGGUUUGACAGCUUAAAGGUAAUUUUCUUUCAAAUGCAGCUUUGCUCUUUCGUUGCUUUACUUGCCAUGCAGAUCGGGAGGCAGACUUCCUUAAUUUAUGCCUUUCCCGUUUUCAGCCAAAUUUCAAGAUUUAAAUUUAAAUGUCCCUUUCAGUCCCUCCGUCUUACUCACGGGCUUUAGAGUCGAAUUUCUAGUUCAGGAAGGAAUCGGCGCUCUCCGCUCAUGGCGACGCGGCUUCACUCCACGGGCUGGGUUGCGACUCUCAGCACCGCGCUCACCCCCGAUGCCGCUCCGUAGCCUUUAAAGGCUCUUUCACAGUACCGGGGGGCGCAGAAGGUGCCCACCGAGUCUCCUUGUUCACAGGCUUCCGCGCCUGUGAUUUUAGGGGUCCCCCGCUCGCCGUAGCGGGUCAGACCCGAACUCGCGGAGCAGUCCUCCUCCGGAGCUCGAAGGGAGGACCGCCAUUAAGCGCUGGCGCCGACCGGAAGUCGCGGCUUAGUCAUUCUGGCCACAUGACCCGGAAGCUGUACGCCGGCUCCCUCGGCCAAUAAAGUGAGAUGAGCGCCGCAACCCCAGAAUCGGCCACGACUGGACCUAAUGGUCAGGGGUCCCUUUACUUUACCUUUAAAUUAGAGCUGUGUGCAAGAUAAACUACAGCUCCCAGUAUCCCAGCUCCCGUAUCUGAAGAAAUGUGCAAACACAUGAAAGCUUAUACCAAGAACAAACUUAGUUGGUCUCUAAGGUGCUACUGGACAUUUUUUUUAAAAAAAACACUUUUAUAUACAGUGGUACCUCGGGUUACACAUGCUUCAGGUUACACACGCUUCAGGUUACAUACGCUUCAGGUUACAGACUCCGCUAACCCAGAAAUAGUACCUCGGGUUAAGAACUUUGUUUCAGGAUGAGAACAGAAAUCGUGCUCUGGCGGCGCGGCAGCAGGAGGCCCCAUUAGCUAAAGUGGUGCUUCAGGUUAAGAACAGUUUCAGGUUAAGAACGGACCUCCGGAACGAAUUAAGGACUUAACCCAAGGUACCACUGUAUUUCGACUGCGUCAGACCAACACGGCUACCUACCUGAAUACAGCUCCCAGGAUUCUUGGGGGGGGGGGCAGGGGGACUGUUCUUUAAAUGCAUGGUAUUCAUGCAGCCCAAGUACAUUUCUGAACGCAAUUCAAAGUACUGGUGCUCACCAUUAAAAACUCCCCCCCACCCCGGAACCAAACCUGGUAUCUUGAAGGAUGCUUUUCCUUCUACUAACCUGUAUUUAGGUCAUUUUGAGAGUCUCUCUGCCAGGUGCUCCUUCAUCUAAGGCAAGACAGGGGGUGACAAGAGAGAGGGUCUUCUUGACUGCAGAGCCUCAUUUGUGAAAAAUAUUUCCCCAGAAAGGUUUGCCUGGUGUGAACAUUCCUAUCUGGAGAUAUAUAGCCUCUGGAUAGCCAUGAGGGGACAGGUGAUGGAGUCAUUGAGGUGCAAAGGGAGGUGGGAGGAAGGAGCUUGGCAGGCAGAGUGAGCAGGGGCAGCAGCCCCUAGCCAUUAAUAUGUCCAUAAGGUAUUUCCUAAUCAGAAUACCUAAUUCGCAUUUGAUGUUGAAUAUUCAGAUAUCCCCUCUGCCAUAAUUGAGCAAGCACGACAAAUCUGUGCGGGAGGCUAAAGAGAUAGAGGCGUACUUGUGAGAUCUUAGUGCCUUCAGACCUCAGGGACCAGAGCAGAGCUUUAUUCCAUCAUCUCUCUCGCUUGUCUUCAGAAACAAAAAGGCAUUGGGAACCCAAGCACACGGACAAGGCAUGGAUGGAGCAAUCCCUCUUGGGCUGAUGAGUCAAACUGGCACAGAUGCUCCCCUCUCUCAGCAACAGGAAGCCAGCACUGAGUGCAACGGGAAACAACACUGUAAUCAGACAUUGCUGGCCAACGGAAUGGACGCUGCUGGAUGCUCGGAAAAAGUCUGA